AUGGAUACAAAGCGCACACUCCGGGAGAAACUCGCACCCACAAUUCCUUGUCAGUCGGCUCUGGAUCUUAUCGACAAAUUGCUUGUCUGUGAUCCUAGCAAACGGUUAGAUGCAGAUCAGUCUCUUGCUCACGAGUUCUUCCAAGAGGAGCCUCUACCAGGUGACCUCUCCUGCCUUUCCUCCAGUGGCAUCUCCUUCCUCGAAUAUCUUAGCCAGGCCCAUCGGUCGCGCAACGUUGCCGCAGUGGCUGCCCACAUGAACAAUUUUCGUUCUGCAGGCCCGCAAAAUUUCCGUGGCCGUGGUGGCGUAUUGCCCGGUGGAUUGAGUGGUGCGAUGAACGGUGCCGCCAAUGCUUUUCGAUACCGCGGUCUUCCGCCCGAUCCGGAUAAUAGCAACAUCAAUUUUGAUCGCAUUUACUAA